AUGGAUAAGUCAAAAAACUUUCGAAUUGAUGCUCUGUUAUCAGAGAGCUCUCAGCGGAUAGUUCGGGAGGAUUCACCGGGACUGUGCAAUGACGGCACCGACAUCGAGCCGAUGACCUGCAAACGGACAGAUAAUUCUCCUUCUCGAGCGUUUCAGCUUCACACAGGGGUCAUACCCAAACCGGGCGUUUUAAACAUUUGCCACCCAGGAUUAACAUCAUAUUCUCAAGGGUCGAUCCCAGGAAUGUAUCCUUCACCUAUGUACUCCAUCGCAGCGCUUGGUGCGCAGCACCCUGCUUUCGCCUAUUCUGGUUUUGCGCAGCAGUACCCGGAGCACCUGAAAGCAGCAGCCAUGGCCGGUUCAUUCCCGUUGGAGCAUUGGCUCCGGGCAGGGCUGAUAAUGCCUCGCAUCGCCGACUACAGCGGGGCACCUCAGCCUGGUUUGAUUGGAAAGUGUCGUAGACCACGUACAGCUUUCACCAGUCAGCAACUGCUAGAGCUGGAAAACCAGUUUAAACUCAACAAGUACCUGUCCCGACCCAAACGCUUUGAAGUGGCCACAUCUCUCAUGCUGACUGAGACACAGGUGAAAAUUUGGUUCCAGAACCGACGGAUGAAGUGGAAGCGCAGCCGCAAAGCUAAAGAACAAGCUGCACAGCUGGAAACAGACGGCUGCAAGUCAGGCAAUAGAUCAAAGAAGUCCAAAGAUCUCAGUCGCUGCAGCACACAAGAUGAUGAUGAGGAUCUCGAUGCAGAGGAUGAUGAAGAAGAGCAAGAUUUUCAAAAAUCUAUGAAUGUUGGUGUGGGUCUACCUCACCCUUCAGACUUCUUGCAUCACAGCUCAGAGCUGAGUUACAGCUCCCAUAGCUCUUACUCUGAUGAUGACCUAGAGGAGAUCGGAGGAGACCGAAAGAUCAGACUCGGUUUAUGA